AUGGAAGUGUCAUCAGCGAAAUCCACUCCAGGAAUAUCGAGUGAAAAAACAACACCUGCUGUCAAAACGAAAGCUACAACUACGGCAAGAGAAACCAAGCAUACGACUGGUAUUAUUUCAUCAGAGGGAGUUACUUCCCCUGUGCCCAGUUCUGGGGAAACAACCAUUAAAAUAACAAGUAGACAAACUACUCCUGUUGCCGCAACAACUGAAACAUCAAUGAAAAUGACAAGUGUACACUCCAGUGAAGAGGUGAAAUCAGAGCGCACUACACCUGUUAGAUUAUCGACAAAACAGGUGACUCCAAUAGGUACAACGACUGAAUUGAAAGUAGUAAGUGUUGUGGCAACGACAAGUGCAGUCCCUUCACUCACAUCUACGGUUUCAAGUACCACCCCAGUAUGUGAUGUAUCAGAGGGAAUGAUGUCACCAACAACUAUUCCAUCUAGUGAAAUAAAAGUAAAUGAUGACAUGGCAAAAAUAGACAAUUUACGACCAGGUGGUCUUAUACCCAUGAUGAGUUCUAAGCCUACACUUGUAAUACAAUACACACCUUCAAUUGCCAAGUCUGUGCAAAGAGUAGAAUUAGUAUCAACAGAAAACAUAAUAUCAUACACUGUUUCAUUUUUCAAUGCUGAUGGAACUACUAUAAAAAGAACAAUGAAAGUUACAGAAAGUGCAAACAAUGUUGCUGGAAAUCCUAAUGUGAAGAAAGUUGAAAUCCUGAUUACACCUGAAGAUAAGAAAAGUUCUUAUCAGCCAGUAAAUCUUCAACUGAAAAUAUUUGCAUGCCAUGAAAUAGGCACAACAACUAUUGUAAUACCAUCAAUUGUUUCUACACCAUCUGUUGCCUCAACUAAGACGACUGUAAGAGUGAAAUCACCAGUGACGCCACCUGUUGGUAAGACAACAACUUCAUAUGGGCUAUCAUCAGUAAAAAGCACGAUGGAAGUGUCAUCAGCGAAAUCCACUGUAGGAUUAUCGAGUGAAAAAACAACACCUGCUGUCAUAACGAAAGCUACAACUACGGCAAGAGAAAGCAAGCAUACGACUAGUAUUAUUUCAUCAGAGGGAGUUACUUCCCCUGUGCCCAGUACUGGGGAAACAACCAUUAAGAUAACAAGUAGCCAAACUACUCCUGUUGCUGCAACAACUGAAACAUCAAAGAAAAUGACAAGUGUACAUUCCACUGAAAAUAUUAAAUCAGAGCGCACUACACCUGUUAGAUUGUCGACAAAACCAGUGACUCCAAUAGCUACAACAAUGAUUCCAAGUACAGCAACAUUUACACAGACACCGUCUUCAGAAGUAAUCACUACAGCCGUGGUUUCACCCACACCUACAGCUACACCCACUAUAAUCAGUAAAGCUACUACAACAUUGCAAGGAUCAACUGGAAAAAUUGCAACAACAACGCCAGUUGUAGCUACAAGUCCUUCUCCUGGAAUUUCAAGUACAAAGAUAUCGACAACUACGCCAAUUUGUGAAGAAACAGAUGGAAUGGGUUCAAUAACAACAAUACCAUCAACAGAAAUUACAUCUAAUGACAAAAAGGCAGAUAUUGAAAAUCUACGACCUUCGUCUAAAACACCUUUUAAAAGCUCCGAAGGACAAGUGGUUAUAGAGUACAUGCCUUCAAAGACGAGACCAAUUGCCAACGUUGAACUGGUUUCUACUGAUAAUAUCAAGACGUAUACAGUACAAUUCUUUAAUGCAGAUGGAACUGUGACAACUCGAAAGGUUAAAGUAGGCGAAAAGGCUACAAGCAUUGGAACCAAGCCUGAUGUGAGAAAGGUAACUGUAAUUAUUACACCUGAUGACAAAGAAGAUUCUUACAGACCUGUACAGCUCCAACUAAGCGUCCAUGCCUGUUUUGAAGUCACUUCUACGCCUAUUCCAAGUACAACAGCAGUCCCACAAAAAGCAUCCACAACAGUUGUCACUACAGCCGUGGUUUCACCAACACCUACAGCUACACCCUCUAUAAUAAGUGAAGCUACUACAACAUUGCAAGGAUCAACUGGUAAAAUUGCAACAACAACGCCAGUUGUAGCUACAAGUCCUUCUCCUGGAAUAUCAAGUAUAAAGAUAUCGACAACUACGCCAAUUUGUGAAGAAACAGAUGGAAUGGGUUCAAUAACAACAAUACCAUCAACAGAAAUUACAUCUAAUGACAAAAAGGCAGAUAUUGAAAAUCUACGACCUUCGUCUAAGACACCUUUUAAAAGCUCCGAAGGACAAGUGGUUAUAGAGUACAUGCCUUCAAAGACGAGACCAAUUGCCAACGUUGAACUGGUUUCUACUGAUAAUAUCAAGACGUAUACAGUACAAUUCUUUAAUGCAGAUGGAACUGUGACAGCUCGAAAGGUUAAAGUAGGCGAAAAGGCUACAAGCAUUGGAACCAAGCCUGAUGUGAGAAAGGUAACUGUAAUUAUUACACCUGAUGACAAAGAAGAUUCUUACAGACCUGUACAGCUCCAACUAAGCGUCCAUGCCUGUUUUGAAGUCACUUCUACGCCUAUUCCAAGUACAACAGCAGUCCCACAAAAAGCAUCCACAACAGUUGUCACUACAGCCGUGGUUUCACCAACACCUACAGCUACACCCUCUAUAAUAAGUGAAGCUACUACAACAUUGCAAGGAUCAACUGGUAAAAUUGCAACAACAACGCCAGUUGUAGCUACAAGUCCUUCUCCUGGAAUAUCAAGUACAAAGAUAUCGACAACUACGCCAAUUUGUGAAGAAACAGAUGGAAUGGGUUCAAUAACAACAAUACCAUCAACAGAAAUUACAUCUAAUGACAAAAAGGCAGAUAUUGAAAAUCUACGACCUUCGUCUAAGACACCUUUUAAAAGCUCCGAAGGACAAGUGGUUAUAGAGUACAUGCCUUCAAAGACGAGACCAAUUGCCAACGUUGAACUGGUUUCUACUGAUAAUAUCAAGACGUAUACAGUACAAUUCUUUAAUGCAGAUGGAACUGUGACAACUCGAAAGGUUAAAGUAGGCGAAAAGGCUACAAGCAUUGGAACCAAGCCUGAUGUGAGAAAGGUAACUGUAAUUAUUACACCUGAUGACAAAGAAGAUUCUUACAGACCUGUACAGCUCCAACUAAGCGUCCAUGCCUGUUUUGAAGUCACUUCUACGCCUAUUCCAAGUACAACAGCAGUCCCACAAAAAGCAUCCACAACAGUUGUCACUACAGCCGUGGUUUCACCAACACCUACAGCUACACCCUCUAUAAUAAGUGAAGCUACUACAACAUUGCAAGGAUCAACUGGAAAAAUUGCAACAACAACGCCAGUUGUAGCUACAAGUCCUUCUCCUGGAAUUUCAAGUACAAAGAUAUCGACAACUACGCCAAUUUGUGAAGAAACAGAUGGAAUGGGUUCAAUAACAACAAUACCAUCAACAGAAAUUACAUCUAAUGACAAAAAGGCAGAUAUUGAAAAUCUACGACCUUCGUCUAAAACACCUUUUAAAAGCUCCGAAGGACAAGUGGUUAUAGAGUACAUGCCUUCAAAGACGAGACCAAUUGCCAACGUUGAACUGGUUUCUACUGAUAAUAUCAAGACGUAUACAGUACAAUUCUUUAAUGCAGAUGGAACUGUGACAACUCGAAAGGUUAAAGUAGGCGAAAAGGCUACAAGCAUUGGAACCAAGCCUGAUGUGAGAAAGGUAACUGUAAUUAUUACACCUGAUGACAAAGAAGAUUCUUACAGACCUGUACAGCUCCAACUAAGCGUCCAUGCCUGUUUUGAAGUCACUUCUACGCCUAUUCCAAGUACAACAGCAGUCCCACAAAAAGCAUCCACAACAGUUGUCACUACAGCCGUGGUUUCACCAACACCUACAGCUACACCCUCUAUAAUAAGUGAAGCUACUACAACAUUGCAAGGAUCAACUGGUAAAAUUGCAACAACAACGCCAGUUGUAGCUACAAGUCCUUCUCCUGGAAUAUCAAGUAUAAAGAUAUCGACAACUACGCCAAUUUGUGAAGAAACAGAUGGAAUGGGUUCAAUAACAACAAUACCAUCAACAGAAAUUACAUCUAAUGACAAAAAGGCAGAUAUUGAAAAUCUACGACCUUCGUCUAAGACACCUUUUAAAAGCUCCGAAGGACAAGUGGUUAUAGAGUACAUGCCUUCAAAGACGAGACCAAUUGCCAACGUUGAACUGGUUUCUACUGAUAAUAUCAAGACGUAUACAGUACAAUUCUUUAAUGCAGAUGGAACUGUGACAGCUCGAAAGGUUAAAGUAGGCGAAAAGGCUACAAGCAUUGGAACCAAGCCUGAUGUGAGAAAGGUAACUGUAAUUAUUACACCUGAUGACAAAGAAGAUUCUUACAGACCUGUACAGCUCCAACUAAGCGUCCAUGCCUGUUUUGAAGUCACUUCUACGCCUAUUCCAAGUACAACAGCAGUCCCACAAAAAGCAUCCACAACAGUUGUCACUACAGCCGUGGUUUCACCAACACCUACAGCUACACCCUCUAUAAUAAGUGAAGCUACUACAACAUUGCAAGGAUCAACUGGUAAAAUUGCAACAACAACGCCAGUUGUAGCUACAAGUCCUUCUCCUGGAAUAUCAAGUACAAAGAUAUCGACAACUACGCCAAUUUGUGAAGAAACAGAUGGAAUGGGUUCAAUAACAACAAUACCAUCAACAGAAAUUACAUCUAAUGACAAAAAGGCAGAUAUUGAAAAUCUACGACCUUCGUCUAAGACACCUUUUAAAAGCUCCGAAGGACAAGUGGUUAUAGAGUACAUGCCUUCAAAGACGAGACCAAUUGCCAACGUUGAACUGGUUUCUACUGAUAAUAUCAAGACGUAUACAGUACAAUUCUUUAAUGCAGAUGGAACUGUGACAACUCGAAAGGUUAAAGUAGGCGAAAAGGCUACAAGCAUUGGAACCAAGCCUGAUGUGAGAAAGGUAACUGUAAUUAUUACACCUGACGACAAAGAAGAUUCUUACAGACCUGUACAGCUCCAACUAAGCGUCCAUGCCUGUUUUGAAGUCACUUCUACGCCUAUUCCAAGUACAACAGCAGUCCCACAAAAAGCAUCCACAACAGUUGUCACUACAGCCGUGGUUUCACCAACACCUACAGCUACACCCUCUAUAAUAAGUGAAGCUACUACAACAUUGCAAGGAUCAACUGGUAAAAUUGCAACAACAACGCCAGUUGUAGCUACAAGUCCUUCUCCUGGAAUAUCAAGUACAAAGAUAUCGACAACUACGCCAAUUUGUGAAGAAACAGAUGGAAUGGGUUCAAUAACAACAAUACCAUCAACAGAAAUUACAUCUAAUGACAAAAAGGCAGAUAUUGAAAAUCUACGACCUUCGUCUAAGACACCUUUUAAAAGCUCCGAAGGACAAGUGGUUAUAGAGUACAUGCCUUCAAAGACGAGACCAAUUGCCAACGUUGAACUGGUUUCUACUGAUAAUAUCAAGACGUAUACAGUACAAUUCUUUAAUGCAGAUGGAACUGUGACAACUCGAAAGGUUAAAGUAGGCGAAAAGGCUACAAGCAUUGGAACCAAGCCUGAUGUGAGAAAGGUAACUGUAAUUAUUACACCUGAUGACAAAGAAGAUUCUUACAGACCUGUACAGCUCCAACUAAGCGUCCAUGCCUGUUUUGAAGUCACUUCUACGCCUAUUCCAAGUACAACAGCAGUCCCACAAAAAGCAUCCACAACAGUUGUCACUACAGCCGUGGUUUCACCAACACCUACAGCUACACCCUCUAUAAUAAGUGAAGCUACUACAACAUUGCAAGGAUCAACUGGUAAAAUUGCAACAACAACGCCAGUUGUAGCUACAAGUCCUUCUCCUGGAAUAUCAAGUACAAAGAUAUCGACAACUACGCCAAUUUGUGAAGAAACAGAUGGAAUGGGUUCAAUAACAACAAUACCAUCAACAGAAAUUACAUCUAAUGACAAAAAGGCAGAUAUUGAAAAUCUACGACCUUCGUCUAAAACACCCUUUAAAAGCUCCGAAGGACAAGUGGUUAUAGAGUACAUGCCUUCAAAGACGAGACCAAUUGCCAACGUUGAACUGGUUUCUACUGAUAAUAUCAAGACGUAUACAGUACAAUUCUUUAAUGCAGAUGGAACUGUGACAACUCGAAAGGUUAAAGUAGGCGAAAAGGCUACAAGCAUUGGAACCAAGCCUGAUGUGAGAAAGGUAACUGUAAUUAUUACACCUGACGACAAAGAAGAUUCUUACAGACCUGUACAGCUCCAACUAAGCGUCCAUGCCUGUUUUGAAGUCACUUCUACGCCUAUUCCAAGUACAACAGCAGUCCCACAAAAAGCAUCCACAACAGUUGUCACUACAGCCGUGGUUUCACCAACACCUACAGCUACACCCUCUAUAAUAAGUGAAGCUACUACAACAUUGCAAGGAUCAACUGGUAAAAUUGCAACAACAACGCCAGUUGUAGCUACAAGUCCUUCUCCUGGAAUAUCAAGUACAAAGAUAUCGACAACUACGCCAAUUUGUGAAGAAACAGAUGGAAUGGGUUCAAUAACAACAAUACCAUCAACAGAAAUUACAUCUAAUGACAAAAAGGCAGAUAUUGAAAAUCUACGACCUUCGUCUAAAACACCCUUUAAAAGCUCCGAAGGACAAGUGGUUAUAGAGUACAUGCCUUCAAAGACGAGACCAAUUGCCAACGUUGAACUGGUUUCUACUGAUAAUAUCAAGACGUAUACAGUACAAUUCUUUAAUGCAGAUGGAACUGUGACAACUCGAAAGGUUAAAGUAGGCGAAAAGGCUACAAGCAUUGGAACCAAGCCUGAUGUGAGAAAGGUAACUGUAAUUAUUACACCUGACGACAAAGAAGAUUCUUACAGACCUGUACAGCUCCAACUAAGCGUCCAUGCCUGUUUUGAAGUCACUUCUACGCCUAUUCCAAGUACAACAGCAGUCCCACAAAAAGCAUCCACAACAGUUGUCACUACAGCCGUGGUUUCACCAACACCUACAGCUACACCCUCUAUAAUAAGUGAAGCUACUACAACAUUGCAAGGAUCAACUGGUAAAAUUGCAACAACAACGCCAGUUGUAGCUACAAGUCCUUCUCCUGGAAUAUCAAGUACAAAGAUAUCGACAACUACGCCAAUUUGUGAAGAAACAGAUGGAAUGGGUUCAAUAACAACAAUACCAUCAACAGAAAUUACAUCUAAUGACAAAAAGGCAGAUAUUGAAAAUCUACGACCUUCGUCUAAGACACCUUUUAAAAGCUCCGAAGGACAAGUGGUUAUAGAGUACAUGCCUUCAAAGACGAGACCAAUUGCCAACGUUGAACUGGUUUCUACUGAUAAUAUCAAGACGUAUACAGUACAAUUCUUUAAUGCAGAUGGAACUGUGACAACUCGAAAGGUUAAAGUAGGCGAAAAGGCUACAAGCAAGCCUGAUGUGAGAAAGGUAACUGUUAUUAUUACACCUGAUGACAAAGAAGAUUCUUACAGACCUGUACAGCUCCAACUAAGCGUCCAUGCCUGUUUUGAAGUCACUUCUACGCCUAUUCCAAGUACAACAGCAGUCCCACAAAAAGCAUCCACAACAGUUGUCACUACAGCCGUGGUUUCACCAACACCUACAGCUACACCCUCUAUAAUAAGUGAAGCUACUACAACAUUGCAUGGAUCAACUGGUAAAAUUGCAACAACAACGCCAGUUGUAGCUACAAGUCCUUCUCCUGGAAUAUCAAGUACAAAGAUAUCGACAACUACGCCAAUUUGUGAAGAAACAGAUGGAAUGGGUUCAAUAACAACAAUACCAUCAACAGAAAUUACAUCUAAUGACAAAAAGGCAGAUAUUGAAAAUCUACGACCUUCGUCUAAGACACCUUUUAAAAGCUCCGAAGGACAAGUGGUUAUAGAGUACAUGCCUUCAAAGACGAGACCAAUUGCCAACGUUGAACUGGUUUCUACUGAUAAUAUCAAGACGUAUACAGUACAAUUCUUUAAUGCAGAUGGAACUGUGACAACUCGAAAGGUUAAAGUAGGCGAAAAGGCUACAAGCAUUGGAACCAAGCCUGAUGUGAGAAAGGUAACUGUAAUUAUUACACCUGAUGACAAAGAAGAUUCUUACAGACCUGUACAGCUCCAACUAAGCGUCCAUGCCUGUUUUGAAGUCACUUCUACGCCUAUUCCAAGUACAACAGCAGUCCCACAAAAAGCAUCCACAACAGUUGUCACUACAGCCGUGGUUUCACCAACACCUACAGCUACACCCUCUAUAAUAAGUGAAGCUACUACAACAUUGCAAGGAUCAACUGGUAAAAUUGCAACAACAACGCCAGUUGUAGCUACAAGUCCUUCUCCUGGAAUAUCAAGUACAAAGAUAUCGACAACUACGCCAAUUUGUGAAGAAACAGAUGGAAUGGGUUCAAUAACAACAAUACCAUCAACGGAAAUUACAUCUAAUGACAAAAAGGCAGAUAUUGAAAAUCUACGACCUUCGUCUAAGACACAUUUUAAAAGCUCCGAAGGACAAGUGGUUAUAGAGUACAUGCCUUCAAAGACGAGACCAAUUGCUAACGUUGAACUGGUUUCUACUGAUAAUAUCAAGACGUAUACAGUACAAUUCUUUAAUGCAGAUGGAACUGUGACAACUCGAAAGGUUAAAGUAGGCGAAAAGGCUACAAGCAUUGGAACCAAGCCUGAUGUGAGAAAGGUAACUGUAAUUAUUACACCUGAUGACAAAGAAGAUUCUUACAGACCUGUACAGCUCCAACUAAGCGUCCAUGCCUGUUUUGAAGUCACUUCUACGCCUAUUCCAAGUACAACAGCAGUCCCACAAAAAGCAUCCACAACAGUUGUCACUACAGCCGUGGUUUCACCAACACCUACAGCUACACCCUCUAUAAUAAGUGAAGCUACUACAACAUUGCAAGGAUCAACUGGUAAAAUUGCAACAACAACGCCAGUUGUAGCUACAAGUCCUUCUCCUGGAAUAUCAAGUACAAAGAUAUCGACAACUACGCCAAUUUGUGAAGAAACAGAUGGAAUGGGUUCAAUAACAACAAUACCAUCAACAGAAAUUACAUCUAAUGACAAAAAGGCAGAUAUUGAAAAUCUACGACCUUCGUCUAAGACACCUUUUAAAAGCUCCGAAGGACAAGUGGUUAUAGAGUACAUGCCUUCAAAGACGAGACCAAUUGCCAACGUUGAACUGGUUUCUACUGAUAAUAUCAAGACGUAUACAGUACAAUUUUUUAAUGCAGAUGGAACUGUGACAACUCGAAAGGUUAAAGUAGGCGAAAAGGCUACAAGCAUUGGAACCAAGCCUGAUGUGAGAAAGGUAACUGUAAUUAUUACACCUGAUGACAAAGAAGAUUCUUACAGACCUGUACAGCUCCAACUAAGCGUCCAUGCCUGUUUUGAAGUCACUUCUACGCCUAUUCCAAGUACAACAGCAGUCCCACAAAAAGCAUCCACAACAGUUGUCACUACAGCCGUGGUUUCACAAACACCUACAGCUACACCCUCUAUAAUAAGUGAAGCUACUACAACAUUGCAUGGAUCAACUGGUAAAAUUGCAACAACAACGCCAGUUGUAGCUACAAGUCCUUCUCCUGGAAUAUCAAGUACAAAGAUAUCGACAACUACGCCAAUUUGUGAAGAAACAGAUGGAAUGGGUUCAAUAACAACAAUACCAUCAACAGAAAUUACAUCUAAUGACAAAAAGGCAGAUAUUGAAAAUCUACGACCUUCGUCUAAGACACCUUUUAAAAGCUCCGAAGGACAAGUGGUUAUAGAGUACAUGCCUUCAAAGACGAGACCAAUUGCCAACGUUGAACUGGUUUCUACUGAUAAUAUCAAGACGUAUACAGUACAAUUCCUUAAUGCAGAUGGAACUGUGACAACUCGAAAGGUUAAAGUAGGCGAAAAGGCUACACGCAUUGGAACCAAGCCUGAUGUGAGAAAGGUAACUGUAAUUAUUACACCUGAUGACAAAGAAGAUUCUUACAGACCUGUACAGCUCCAACUAAGCGUCCAUGCCUGUUUUGAAGUCACUUCUACGCCUAUUCCAAGUACAACAGCAGUCCCACAAAAAGCAUCCACAACAGUUGUCACUACAGCCGUGGUUUCACAAACACCUACAGCUACACCCUCUAUAAUAAGUGAAGCUACUACAACAUUGCAAGGAUCAACUGGUAAAAUUGCAACAACAACGCCAGUUGUAGCUACAAGUCCUUCUCCUGGAAUAUCAAGUACAAAGAUAUCGACAACUACGCCAAUUUGUGAAGAAACAGAUGGAAUGGGUUCAAUAACAACAAUACCAUCAACAGAAAUUACAUCUAAUGACAAAAGGGCAGAUAUUGAAAAUCUACGACCUUCGUCUAAGACACCUUUUAAAAGCUCCGAAGGACAAGUGGUUAUAGAGUACAUGUCUUCAAAGACGAGACCAAUUGCCAACGUUGAACUGGUUUCUACUGAUAAUAUCAAGACGUAUACAGUACAAUUCUUUAAUGCAGAUGGAACUGUGACAACUCGAAAGGUUAAAGUAGGCGAAAAGGCUACAAGCAUAGGAACCAAGCCUGAUGUGAGAAAGGUAACUGUAAUUAUUACACCUGAUGACAAAGAAGAUUCUUACAGACCUGUACAGCUCCAACUAAGCGUUCAUGCCUGUUUUGAAGUCACUUCUACGCCUAUUCCAAGUACAACAGCAGUCCCACAAAAAGCAUCCACAACAGUUGUCACUACAGCCGUGGUUUCACCAACACCUACAGCUACACCCUCUAUAAUAAGUGAAGCUACUACAACAUUGCAUGGAUCAACUGGUAAAAUUGCAACAACAACGCCAGUUGUAGCUACAAGUCCUUCUCCUGGAAUAUCAAGUACAAAGAUAUCGACAACUACGCCAAUUUGUGAAGAAACAGAUGGAAUGGGUUCAAUAACAACAAUACCAUCAACAGAAAUUACAUCUAAUGACAAAAAGGCAGAUAUUGAAAAUCUACGACCUUCGUCUAAGACACCUUUUAAAAGCUCCGAAGGACAAGUGGUUAUAGAGUACAUGCCUUCAAAGACGAGACCAAUUGCCAACGUUGAACUGGUUUCUACUGAUAAUAUCAAGACGUAUACAGUACAAUUCUUUAAUGCAGAUGGAACUGUGACAACUCGAAAGGUUAAAGUAGGCGAAAAGGCUACAAGCAUUGGAACCAAGCCUGAUGUGAGAAAGGUAACUGUAAUUAUUACACCUGAUGACAAAGAAGAUUCUUACAGACCUGUACAGCUCCAACUAAGCGUCCAUGCCUGUUUUGAAGUCACUUCUACGCCUAUUCCAAGUACAACAGCAGUCCCACAAAAAGCAUCCACAACAGUUGUCACUACAGCCGUGGUUUCACCAACACCUACAGCUACACCCUCUAUAAUAAGUGAAGCUACUACAACAUUGCAAGGAUCAACUGGUAAAAUUGCAACAACAACGCCAGUUGUAGCUACAAGUCCUUCUCCUGGAAUAUCAAGUACAAAGAUAUCGACAACUACGCCAAUUUGUGAAGAAACAGAUGGAAUGGGUUCAAUAACAACAAUACCAUCAACAGAAAUUACAUCUAAUGACAAAAAGGCAGAUAUUGAAAAUCUACGACCUUCGUCUAAGACACCUUUUAAAAGCUCCGAAGGACAAGUGGUUAUAGAGUACAUGCCUUCAAAGACGAGACCAAUUGCCAACGUUGAACUGGUUUCUACUGAUAAUAUCAAGACGUAUACAGUACAAUUCUUUAAUGCAGAUGGAACUGUGACAACUCGAAAGGUUAAAGUAGGCGAAAAGGCUACAAGCAUUGGAACCAAGCCUGAUGUGAGAAAGGUAACUGUAAUUAUUACACCUGAUGACAAAGAAGAUUCUUACAGACCUGUACAGCUCCAACUAAGCGUCCAUGCCUGUUUUGAAGUCACUUCUACGCCUAUUCCAAGUACAACAGCAGUCCCACAAAAAGCAUCCACAACAGUUGUCACUACAGCCGUGGUUUCACCAACACCUACAGCUACACCCUCUAUAAUAAGUGAAGCUACUACAACAUUGCAAGGAUCAACUGGUAAAAUUGCAACAACAACGCCAGUUGUAGCUACAAGUCCUUCUCCUGGAAUAUCAAGUAUAAAGAUAUCGACAACUACGCCAAUUUGUGAAGAAACAGAUGGAAUGGGUUCAAUAACAACAAUACCAUCAACAGAAAUUACAUCUAAUGACAAAAAGGCAGAUAUUGAAAAUCUACGACCUUCGUCUAAGACACCUUUUAAAAGCUCCGAAGGACAAGUGGUUAUAGAGUACAUGCCUUCAAAGACGAGACCAAUUGCCAACGUUGAACUGGUUUCUACUGAUAAUAUCAAGACGUAUACAGUACAAUUCUUUAAUGCAGAUGGAACUGUGACAGCUCGAAAGGUUAAAGUAGGCGAAAAGGCUACAAGCAUUGGAACCAAGCCUGAUGUGAGAAAGGUAACUGUAAUUAUUACACCUGAUGACAAAGAAGAUUCUUACAGACCUGUACAGCUCCAACUAAGCGUCCAUGCCUGUUUUGAAGUCACUUCUACGCCUAUUCCAAGUACAACAGCAGUCCCACAAAAAGCAUCCACAACAGUUGUCACUACAGCCGUGGUUUCACCAACACCUACAGCUACACCCUCUAUAAUAAGUGAAGCUACUACAACAUUGCAAGGAUCAACUGGUAAAAUUGCAACAACAACGCCAGUUGUAGCUACAAGUCCUUCUCCUGGAAUAUCAAGUACAAAGAUAUCGACAACUACGCCAAUUUGUGAAGAAACAGAUGGAAUGGGUUCAAUAACAACAAUACCAUCAACAGAAAUUACAUCUAAUGACAAAAAGGCAGAUAUUGAAAAUCUACGACCUUCGUCUAAGACACCUUUUAAAAGCUCCGAAGGACAAGUGGUUAUAGAGUACAUGCCUUCAAAGACGAGACCAAUUGCCAACGUUGAACUGGUUUCUACUGAUAAUAUCAAGACGUAUACAGUACAAUUCUUUAAUGCAGAUGGAACUGUGACAACUCGAAAGGUUAAAGUAGGCGAAAAGGCUACAAGCAUUGGAACCAAGCCUGAUGUGAGAAAGGUAACUGUAAUUAUUACACCUGAUGACAAAGAAGAUUCUUACAGACCUGUACAGCUCCAACUAAGCGUCCAUGCCUGUUUUGAAGUCACUUCUACGCCUAUUCCAAGUACAACAGCAGUCCCACAAAAAGCAUCCACAACAGUUGUCACUACAGCCGUGGUUUCACCAACACCUACAGCUACACCCUCUAUAAUAAGUGAAGCUACUACAACAUUGCAUGGAUCAACUGGUAAAAUUGCAACAACAACGCCAGUUGUAGCUACAAGUCCUUCUCCUGGAAUAUCAAGUACAAAGAUAUCGACAACUACGCCAAUUUGUGAAGAAACAGAUGGAAUGGGUUCAAUAACAACAAUACCAUCAACAGAAAUUACAUCUAAUGACAAAAAGGCAGAUAUUGAAAAUCUACGACCUUCGUCUAAGACACCUUUUAAAAGCUCCGAAGGACAAGUGGUUAUAGAGUACAUGCCUUCAAAGACGAGACCAAUUGCCAACGUUGAACUGGUUUCUACUGAUAAUAUCAAGACGUAUACAGUACAAUUCUUUAAUGCAGAUGGAACUGUGACAACUCGAAAGGUUAAAGUAGGCGAAAAGGCUACAAGCAUUGGAACCAAGCCUGAUGUGAGAAAGGUAACUGUAAUUAUUACACCUGAUGACAAAGAAGAUUCUUACAGACCUGUACAGCUCCAACUAAGCGUCCAUGCCUGUUUUGAAGUCACUUCUACGCCUAUUCCAAGUACAACAGCAGUCCCACAAAAAGCAUCCACAACAGUUGUCACUACAGCCGUGGUUUCACCAACACCUACAGCUACACCCUCUAUAAUAAGUGAAGCUACUACAACAUUGCAAGGAUCAACUGGUAAAAUUGCAACAACAACGCCAGUUGUAGCUACAAGUCCUUCUCCUGGAAUAUCAAGUACAAAGAUAUCGACAACUACGCCAAUUUGUGAAGAAACAGAUGGAAUGGGUUCAAUAACAACAAUACCAUCAACAGAAAUUACAUCUAAUGACAAAAAGGCAGAUAUUGAAAAUCUACGACCUUCGUCUAAGACACCUUUUAAAAGCUCCGAAGGACAAGUGGUUAUAGAGUACAUGCCUUCAAAGACGAGACCAAUUGCCAACGUUGAACUGGUUUCUACUGAUAAUAUCAAGACGUAUACAGUACAAUUCUUUAAUGCAGAUGGAACUGUGACAACUCGAAAGGUUAAAGUAGGCGAAAAGGCUACAAGCAUUGGAACCAAGCCUGAUGUGAGAAAGGUAACUGUAAUUAUUACACCUGAUGACAAAGAAGAUUCUUACAGACCUGUACAGCUCCAACUAAGCGUCCAUGCCUGUUUUGAAGUCACUUCUACGCCUAUUCCAAGUACAACAGCAGUCCCACAAAAAGCAUCCACAACAGUUGUCACUACAGCCGUGGUUUCACCAACACCUACAGCUACACCCUCUAUAAUAAGUGAAGCUACUACAACAUUGCAAGGAUCAACUAGUAAAAUUGCAACAACAACGCCAGUUGUAGCUACAAGUCCUUCUCCUGGAAUAUCAAGUACAAAGAUAUCGACAACUACGCCAAUUUGUGAAGAAACAGAUGGAAUGGGUUCAAUAACAACAAUACCAUCAACAGAAAUUACAUCUAAUGACAAAAAGGCAGAUAUUGAAAAUCUACGACCUUCGUCUAAGACACCUUUUAAAAGCUCCGAAGGACAAGUGGUUAUAGAGUACAUGCCUUCAAAGACGAGACCAAUUGCCAACGUUGAACUGGUUUCUACUGAUAAUAUCAAGACGUAUACAGUACAAUUCUUUAAUGCAGAUGGAACUGUGACAACUCGAAAGGUUAAAGUAGGCGAAAAGGCUACAAGCAUUGGAACCAAGCCUGAUGUGAGAAAGGUAACUGUAAUUAUUACACCUGAUGACAAAGAAGAUUCUUACAGACCUGUACAGCUCCAACUAAGCGUCCAUGCCUGUUUUGAAGUCACUUCUACGCCUAUUCCAAGUACAACAGCAGUCCCACAAAAAGCAUCCACAACAGUUGUCACUACAGCCGUGGUUUCACCAACACCUACAGCUACACCCUCUAUAAUAAGUGAAGCUACUACAACAUUGCAAGGAUCAACUGGUAAAAUUGCAACAACAACGCCAGUUGUAGCUACAAGUCCUUCUCCUGGAAUUUCAAGUACAAAGAUAUCGACAACUACGCCAAUUUGUGAAGAAACAGAUGGAAUGGGUUCAAUAACAACAAUACCAUCAACAGAAAUUUCUUCUAAUGACAAAAAGGCAGAUAUUGAAAAUCUACGACCUUCGUCUAAGACACCUUUUAAAAGCUCCGAAGGACAAGUGGUUAUAGAGUACGUGCCUUCAAAGACAAGACCAAUUGCCAACGUUGAACUGGUUUCUACUGAUAAUAUCAAGACGUAUACAGUACAAUUCUUUAAUGCAGAUGGAACUGUGACAACUCGAAAGGUUAAAGUAGGCGAAAAGGCUACAAGCAUUGGAACCAAGCCUGAUGUGAGAAAGGUAACUGUAAUUAUUACACCUGAUGACAAAGAAGAUUCUUACAGACCUGUACAGCUCCAACUAAGCGUCCAUGCCUGUUUUGAAGUCACUUCUACGCCUAUUCCAAGUACAACAGCAGUCCCACAAAAAGCAUCCACAACAGUUGUCACUACAGCCGUGGUUUCACCAACACCUACAGCUACACCCUCUAUAAUAAGUGAAGCUACUACAACAUUGCAAGGAUCAACUGGUAAAAUUGCAACAACAACGCCAGUUGUAGCUACAAGUCCUUCUCCUGGAAUUUCAAGUACAAAGAUAUCGACAACUACGCCAAUUUGUGAAGAAACAGAUGGAAUGGGUUCAAUAACAACAAUACCAUCAACAGAAAUUUCUUCUAAUGACAAAAAGGCAGAUAUUGAAAAUCUACGACCUUCGUCUAAGACACCUUUUAAAAGCUCCGAAGGACAAGUGGUUAUAGAGUACGUGCCUUCAAAGACAAGACCAAUUGCCAACGUUGAACUGGUUUCUACUGAUAAUAUCAAGACGUAUACAGUACAAUUCUUUAAUGCAGAUGGAACUGUGACAACUCGAAAGGUUAAAGUAGGCGAAAAGGCUACAAGCAUUGGAACCAAGCCUGAUGUGAGAAAGGUAACUGUAAUUAUUACACCUGAUGACAAAGAAGAUUCUUACAGACCUGUACAGCUCCAACUAAGCAUCCAUGCCUGUUUUGAAGUCACUUCUACGCCUAUUCCAAGUACAACAGCAGUCCCACAAAAAGCAUCCACAACAGUUGUCACUACAGCCGUGGUUUCACCAACACCUACAGCUACACCCUCUAUAAUAAGUGAAGCUACUACAACAUUGCAAGGAUCAACUGGUAAAAUUGCAACAACAACGCCAGUUGUAGCUACAAGUCCUUCUCCUGGAAUUUCAAGUACAAAGAUAUCGACAACUACGCCAAUUUGUGAAGAAACAGAUGGAAUGGGUUCAAUAACAACAAUACCAUCAACAGAAAUUACAUCUAAUGACAAAACGGCAGAUAUUGAAAAUCUACGACCUUCGUCUAAGACACCUUUUAAAAGCUCCGAAGGACAAGUGGUUAUAGAGUACGUGCCUUCAAAGACAAGACCAAUAGCCAAUGUUGAACUGGUUUCUACUGAUAAUGUCAAAACUUAUACAGUGCAAUUCUUUAAUGCAGAUGGAACCGUGACAACUAGAAAGGUGAAAGUUGGCGAAAAGGCCAUAAGUGUUGGAACUAAACCUGACGUGAAAAAAGUGAAUGUAAUAAUCACACCGGAUGACAAAGAAGAUUCUUACAAACCUGUACAGCUACAAUUGAGUGUCCAUGCUUGUUUUGAAGUCAGUAAGUAA